UCAGUUUCAGUUGUCAUUUGCGCUUGGUGCGCGCGGUUCUGCAUCGUCCCGAGCAAUGAUACAUCGAUCAUAACCUCAUUAAUAAUUUUUCAGUAUAAUUGGAUUCCCCGUAUUCGUCAUGUAAGCUUUUUUUAUGUAAGACUGGGUGUAAUCCAGUUGUUGUGAUCGUUCGUCGUCAAAGAACUGUUGUAAAGAAUCGCGCAACGGAACGACAUGGCCAUUUGAUCAAGUCAACUAUAAAACAAGAGUAUCCCGGUGUCAGCGAAAAAAAUCACUGAUAAAUGAGGUCGUCCACCAUCUGUGUACCCGGUUCCGUCCCUCUGGAAUCACCCUUGCAAAAUGACAAUUUUAUGCCAAAAAAUGACGGACCCAUGGAUCCAAUGGAAGAUAUGCAACGGCUGCGUAAUGUCACGCUCAGCAAAACUGUCGGCCUAUACAGAUUGCGCGGGGAUCUUGGAUCCGGGAAUUUUUCCAGAGUCAAAAUGGCCAUUCAUCAUCCAACUAAUGAGCGUGUGGCGAUUAAAAUUUUGGAUAAAACGAAACUUGAUGAAAAGACACGAAAGAUGCUGGCCAGAGAGAUAGCUACUAUGGAAGGGAUUUGCCAUCCACAUGUAAUACGAUUGUUUGAAGUUGUUGAAACGUACGCAAGAAUCUAUCUUGUUACCGAGUAUGCUUCUGGCGGUGAACUUUUUGAGAAGAUCUCCGUUCAGGGCAGAUUCAAAGAAGAAGAGGCAAAGCUGUUAUUUGUACAGAUUUUAUCUGCGGUAAAAUAUAUGCAUACCCUGGGUUUCAUUCAUAGGGACAUAAAAGCAGAAAACGUUUUCUACGCAGGACCUGGUCUGAUAAAACUGGGGGAUUUUGGAUUCAGUACACGUCUUACCGAUGGGCCUGAUCAGGUUUUAAAGACUUUUUGCGGCAGUCCACCAUACGCAGCCCCAGAAUUAUUUCGGGAUGAAUCAUAUCUCGGGCCCUACGUUGAUAUUUGGGCUCUGGGAGUAUUGCUGUACCUGGUAGUUACCGGCACGAUGCCUUUUCGGGCCCGUACUGUUCUUGGUCUUAAAACUCUGAUACUUGAAGGAAAGUUUGUCACUCCUGACCACGUCAGCUUGCCCUGCCAAUCGUUGAUUUGUGGAUUGUUGUGUCAAACGCCUCUGGAGAGGUUGACAAUUGAUCAGAUGCUGGCGAGCGAAUGGCUCAAAGAUACUACCGUACCUCCACAUACCCCGUUUCAAGAUUGUCUUUUACUGCCUACGAUUACCAGCGAUCCUAAUCAGAUUCCUGGAAUCGAGCGUGUGGCUCGAUUAAUGUUGGAAAAAUUAGGUAUAGAUGGAAAUUUAUUAGCGACGCAUGCUGACAAAGGUCCGAGGUCCAGUGUAAUUGGAACAUACAGGAUAGUUGUGCACAGAUUAACAAAACCUCCACGGAACCCGGUGCAACCAGACACGUCGAGUGUCCCGAAAACAUCGCAGUCGUUAAUAACUAAGAAAGGACUGAAAUCCAAGAUGUGUUUGAUAUUAUGAUCACUGGAUAGAUCAGUAAAAAAGCAUGAAUAAAUGUUAAAACUUAUUACUUGUAUGACCUAAGAAGAUGGGUCUUGUCACUAUGAAAAUUGAGAGAAAAUUUGGUUUGAAGAAACUGAACUUCCUCGAUACUACGAAUUGACCAGUCGGUGGAGACUGGCACUAGGAAUGAGUCCUAAAAAAAACGAAACUAUUAGCAAUCGUAUAAUAGUGGAGGAUAUAAAUGUACUUGGACUCUAAUCCUAGAGGCAAUUUGGAACAGAGGUAUCCAAAAUCAAGCUCAAACAGUAGUUUUCUUUGAUUAGAGAAAAAUUUGCAAGGUGUUUUUCAGGGCUAGCUCUUGGCAGCCCUCAACACCCGUACCGUGUAGCGGUAAUAAGCUCGUGUAGAAAUGUACUUCGUUUAAACGAUGCACGAUAUUACAUGACAAAUUAUUAAGUACAAACGUUAUCAGAGACUAUUGCUCAUCAACAUUAUUUACUAUUGUAACUUUUGACAGUUGCGUGUAUAUAAUUGCUAUCAUCGAUUUAUUUUAACUCUCGAGGUGUGUACAUAUCAGGAACUGCUUCACAGUGAUUGAUCACGUUAACAAUCUUAUUAAUAAUACUUGGCGUUUAACUGUCAAAUGCACUUCAACCUUGCACUUCAAUUUAUCUUUUUAUUUUAUCGUAUUAUCUAUCUUUCAAGUAACAUUCAAGUUGUACAAUAAAGUACAACUUGAUUGUUACUUCGAAGAUAAAUAUAAAAUAUUACCGUUUGACCGAUUCAUCGUAAAUCCAUGUAUUUAAGUUUGAAGUUAAAGUUAAGUUAAAAUCAAGACCACCGCAUAAGCCUAGCGUAAGGAAUAUUGAAUUUCAUAGAAAAUGAUUCUAUGUGAAAAUUUCAGUUCACUUUGUGAAUAACAUUCACACGAUCGACGGAAAGACUUGACUGGGUAGAACAGUAUCCAAAUAAUACACACAGCUUCUACCAAAAAGCAAAAGAGAGUUGUCCUCGGAUAAAUUAUCCUUAGAUAGUUGCAGUACUUUACUGUACUUAGUACAAAUGAACGUUACCCCAUAAAGAGGUUUAGUAUUAGAAUGGUAGCCUUAUACUUGUAAAUAUUUUCGAGGCUGUAAGAUACUAUUUUCACGUACCUAUAUAGAAGCACAGAGUUAUCGACUUGAAUUUAAAGAAAUUCUUUCUCUAACUCAACGUGGUGUAAUAUUAAAACUGGUCAUGAAAGUGGGCUGUUAGAUUUCACGUUUUGUUGAAAUCAAAACGGAAAUGCUAUUUCUCUCAAUGCCUUGAAGCCGUAUCCUAGCAAAUCCGUGUUGAAAUAGAUUUUGUAGCAUUAAGAGGUGUUAUAUUAGGUGUAUAUUAGUUGUAUAUACUUUAAAUUUAUAUUAUUGGUCAAAUUUUCGUGUAUUCUUUUCUUUUAUUCAUAGAUUUUUCCACUAAUUACGUCUUUAGAUGUGCUCAGGGUGAAAAAUAUUGCGUAUGUUAUAAGACAGAGUACUUGUCAUACCAUUUUUUACAAGCGGAAUCUCUUCAAAAUAUAUACUGAAUUUGAUUGAGAAUCAAAUAUUUGGCGUAAAAAGGUCAUUUUUUUCAGUGUCAAUUUUGAUUGCACUUCUACUUUUUGUAUUAAUUAUAAUUCGUUAUUUUAUCAAUUUAUAUUAUAAUUCCGUUUUCAAAGUGGCCUUGAAUAUCCAAAUUUAAGGUAUAUACACAUAUAUUUAUGUAUACAAUAUUAAACAACGUAGUUGCUGGACAAACUACGAAACAUUAUCAAUAAGGAUAUUUUCCAUAAGUAAAAUUUCCGUUUGAUUUACGUGCAUUGCGCUGGCGCAAUUUAAUCGUAUUUUUCAAGAAAAUUGAAUCAAUGUCAAGACACUAUUUUCUAGAUAUAUUUCUUCAAGUUAACCCUACAAAUUUCAUAUUAUAUAGAUAUGAAUUGGAUUCGCAUGAAUUAUGGUGACGUAUAAUAAAUGUGACAAUAUGAAAUUUGAAAUUCUAUAAAAAAAAUUGCUUUCGGCGUGCUAUGAUUUUGUAAUAAACUGAAUAUGAACAUGAGCUUCAAUUCUGUAGUCGAUGUAUGAAAAAUUUAUCAAUACGUACGAUUAUGGUAAAUGACUGUAGUCACGCAUUUUUCGUGGCUGAAAACCUUGAUUUAUUAUUCAUGCUUAAACGCAUGUCACGCUUUAAGAUUCAUUUUAAAAAAAUUGCAUUGUGGUUUAUUUACCAUGUUUCCAAUUUCCAGAGCACUAGCCUUUACCGUGACUAUGAUAAUAUAUGAGGAUAUAUUUCUCAAAUUAAGUUUACGCGAAAAGGCUCGAGUAUAAUGGUUUUUAAGAUAAUAAUUUCACUCUGCACAAUCCUUUGAGAAUCCACGCGUAGUAUAUGAAAAAUCGAGAAACUCUUAAUAUAAUGUUAAAUUUCAAUGAAUAAAAUGAUUUUUUCUUCCUCUGAGAGAAUGUGAAAUCAGAAAAAAUUGUGACUACAUGAUGAAUUAUGAAAAAUGUGGAAAGGAAAUUUUUUAAAUUUACGCAGUGCAGAAAUAUAUGCAGCCUAUAAAUUCUUACACUCUUCUUUUGAGAAUAAAGUUUUCUACACCACUUUUCGUACACAAGACUCGAAAUACUAAUUGUGCUACCGUUUCAAAAUGAAUUAUUUUUAAUUACGCCUAAUUUUUAUCAUAUAAUAAGUGUUACAUAGUUAUUGUUGUGUAUAUAAUAGAAUGCAAUAUGUGAUAAUAUCGAAUAUACUCAG